AUGAAGUAUUGUGAUUAUUGUGGUUCGUUUGAGAAUGAUUGUAUAUGCGGUCACAACUCGAUCCGUUCCGACUGGUCCUGGGUUUCCGAUGACGAUGAUACCAACAUACUAUUCUUCUGUUUCGUGCACUUGUGUUUUUCCGAUGACACAACAUCAUUAAUUGCGCUUAGAAACUCGCUUCUCGAAAGAAAAGACGUUGUUUCCACCUGGUUUGGUUCAACGAUGCGUCCAUGUAACUGGACUGGCAUAAGGAAAUUACCACCGACGAUCGGUCAGCUCAAGGACCUGACUGAACUCUCCGUUUAUUCAAAUUCAUUUUCGGGCAGUCUUCCAUAUCAGAUUGGGAACCUAGAGAAGCUACAGUCUCUUGAUCUCGGUCUCAAUUUAUUCUCUGGAUCUCUUCCUUCAGAAAUUGGGAAUUUGAAGAUGCUUUUGGUUCUUGAUCUCUCUACUAACUCCUUCACGGGCUGUAUACCGGAAACCAUUGGUGCUCUUACAAAUGUCCAAGUUUUCAACCUCCAGAAUUGCAAGUUUACCGGAAACAUCCCUGCUGAGAUUACAAAAAUGACUAGCUUAACCGCAUUGAACAUAGCACAUAACUCUUUCGACGGUGGAUUGCCUUCUAGCUUUGGUGAGCUGGCAAACCUUGCGUACUUUUUUGCCCAAAGUGUAGGACUAAGCGGGCUAAUCCCGCCAUCAAUGGGAAACUGCAAGAAGUUGAGGAUACUAAAUCUUUCCUUCAACAAAUUAUCCGGCCCGUUACCUGAUAGUCUUGCUAAUCUUGAAUCAAUAAACUCGCUUCUUCUUACUUCAAACAGCCUGUCUGGCCGGUUGCCAGAGUGGUUUUCCAACUGGAAAUGUGUAGUAUCCAUAUCGUUGUCAGAUAACCUCUUUACCGGACCUCUGCUACCGCUCAACAUCCCAUCCCUGAUGAUACUUGAACUCGAAUCCAACAAGCUUUCUGGUGAAUUGCCUGCUGGAAUUUGUGAAAACAAUGCAUUAGGGAUGUUAUCUUUAUCUAAAAAUGAGCUCAAUGGCACCUUAGGCAGCAAUUUCAAGAAUUGUUCUAUUCUUACGGAUCUGGGGUUAUCCGGAAACAACUUCUAUGGUGAAAUACCUGCUUACUUAGGAGAACUUCCAUUGGUAACAUUGGAGUUAUCGAAAAAUCGAUUUUCCGGAACAAUUCCAACCGAGCUAUGGGAGUCUAAAACCCUGAUGGAGAUCUUUCUCGGUGAUAACUUGCUUCAAGGUCAUAUUCCGGAUGCAAUUGCAAAGGCUUCGACACUUCAAAGGCUGAUGUUGGAUAAUAAUCUCUUUGAAGGACCUAUUCCAACCUCAAUUGGCCAACUCAAAAAUUUGACCAAUUUGUCACUUCAUGGUAACAAGUUGACUGGUAAUAUCCCAUUGGAGCUUUUCAGCUGCUUAAAACUGGUCUCUUUGGAUCUUGGUUCCAACAAACUUAUAGGUCAUAUACCAAAGUUGAUAUCUCAAAUGGAAUUGCUUGUUAUGUCCAACAACCAACUCUCGGGUCCUAUACCAAAUGAGAUCUGUUCGUGUUUUCAGAAAGUUGCGCUACCCGAUUCUGAAUUUACCCAGCACUAUGGUAUGUUUGAUCUUUCCAACAACAGGCUUUCCGGGCCCAUUCCAACUUCAAUCAAGAACUGUGUCAUUGUGACAAAGCUUAUACUAUCAAGGAACCAACUUGAUGGGCCUAUUCCUUAUGAAAUAUCUGGAUUAUCCAACUUAACUUCACUUGAUCUGUCAUUUAAUCGUCUUACCGGCCCGAUUCUUCCUCAGUUCUUCUCCAUGAGAAAUCUUCAGGGCUUGAUAGUUUCACAUAACCAGAUAAAUGGCUCGAUCCCGUAUAAUUUUGGAUCAAUGAUGCCAAGUUUAGUUAAACUAGACUUGUCAAACAACUGUUUCACUGGCUCUUUGCCUUCAUCUAUGUUUAGUAUCAAUAAUCUAGAAUACCUGGAUGUUAGCAUGAACCAUUUUUCUGGUCAACUCUUGUUUGACCAUGGCAACAGCACCUCUCUAUUUUCCUUAAAUGCCAGCAAUAACCAUUUUUCUGGUGCUCUUGAUCCCUCUAUAUCCAAUCUGAUAGCCCUAACCAUUUUAGAUAUUCACAACAACAUCAUCAAUGGUAGUGUGCCUUCUCUUGCCGACCUUGUUGCUUUGACUUAUCUUGACCUUUCAAGAAACAAUUUUCAGAAUUCUUUCCCAUGCAGCAUUUGUGAAAUAAAAGGGUUAUCAUUUGUCAGUUUCUAUGGCAACAAAUUCAUUGGCCCGGUCCCUGAUUCUUGCAGUAAACCAAACUCAUGCAGCCCCCGUCUUCCAUUUCCUUCCGAACACACCUACAAGUCAGCACACAACUUAACUCAUGCUUCUGUCUGGGGGAUAUCACUUGGCGCCACAUUCGUUUUCAUGGUCUUGUGCAUCGCGCUUAUGAGACGAAAAAUGUUCAAACCAGAAGCUGCAGUUCUUGAGAGGGGAAAAGGGAAGAUUCCACCGAUCGAUACAAAUUUAAAAUGGGGGCACUUGACAAAGUAG